AUGUCAGACCCCAUUGAACAACCCGUUGAGAAGCGUGAGGAAUCGAAGCCUGCGGAAACUCCCGUUCCCGACAGCUCGGACCCGACGCCCCAGGAACAGUCCAGCGCACCGAAGGAGGAGCCCAAGACUGAUGUCGCAACCCCUGCAGCUCCUGUUCAGGAGACCGAAGCAGCGAAGACCGAGGAGCCAAAGGUCGAGAAACCCGCGUACUUGACCAAGACCCCCGCCCUGGGCGAUCUGUUCGACCGCCUUCCCUCCAUUCUCACCACCGUUGGACAUGAUGAGAUGUGGGGCGUCCAGCUCAAGGACUACAACGAUGUCCCCACCGUCAAUGUGCUGAUCAAAUUCCUGCGCGCAAACGAAGGCAAUCUCAAGGCUGCCGAAGACCAGCUCACCAAAGCCCUUAAGUGGCGCAAGGAAGUGAACCCUCAGGCAUUGGCCGAGUCGGGCAAGUACAGCGCAGCCAAAUUUGGAGGCUUGGGAUACUUGACAACAUACGAGGAGAACGGCCGACCCCUGGUGUUUACUUGGAAUAUCUACGGCGCCGUGAAGGAUGCCAAUGCGACAUUCGCGAACGCAGACGAAUUCUUGCAAUGGCGCGCCGCUCUCAUGGAGCUUGCUGUGCAAGACUUGAAGAUGAAGGAUGCGACCGCGGUCAUCGACUACGAUGGCGAGGAUCCCUACCAGAUGUACCAGGUGCAUGACUAUCUCAACGUCAAGUUCUUGCGCAUGGACCCUGCCGUCCGCACCGCUACGAAGAAGGUGAUUGAUGUGUUUGCCACAUCAUACCCCGAGCUUCUGCGCGAGAAGUACUUUGUCAAUGUCCCUGCCAUCAUGGGAUGGAUGUUCAGUGCCAUGAAACUCUUCUUGAGCCGUAAUACCACUCGCAAGUUCCACCCAAUCAGCAACGGUGCCAACCUGGCACGCGAGUUCCCGGCAUCGCUCAUCGAGCAGCUCCCCAAGGUUUAUGGUGGCAAGGGCCCGGAAUUGAAGGAGAAUGCCAGAAUUGUCCCAUUGACCGAGGAGCCGGUUGCCACAAAGGAAGAGGCCCCUAAGGAGUCCGCCCCGGCAGAGGCCCCCAAGGACGCGGCCAAGGAGGAAGCUCCCCAAGAAGCUGCAAAUGAAGGCGCCGCCAAGGAAGCCCAGGAGGAAACUCCCAAGGUGGAAACUCCCAAGGUGGAAACUCCCAAGGUGGAAGCCCCCAAGGUGGAAGCUGCCAAGGAAGAGUCUGCGAAGGAUGGAGCCCAGUAA